GCUCCAGGCUGGGUCCUAAAGGAUGGAGCCCACGGAGGCAGCCCAGGCCCCGGAGGGGAGGAAGAGAUUCACUGUGCAGUCACAGGACCCUGAACAUACCAUGGUGAGACCCAUCUUCAAAUCUUCUUGCUCUGCAGCAGAGCCCAGGGUCCCUGCCCUACCUGGGGCCACCUCCUAUGCCGAAUACGUCGUCAAACAGGUCUCUGUGUCCUUGGCCUCCAUGCCAGUCUCCCGGCCCGCCAGGGUGACGGCUGCAUCAUCGGAGUGCAGAGUGGGAGCUGCCUCAGGAGCGCUCCCUCCAGGCACUGAGACCAGCACUGUACCCCCUGCUGCCAGUGGGGACUCGGACCCCAGCCCCACGCUGAAACCGGGGCCCAAGAGCAACUGCAUCAUCGUCAGUGCUCGCCAGCGGGGCAACCCCAUCCUGAAAUUUGUGCGCAACAUUCCCUGGGAGUUUGGCGAGAUCGUCCCUGACUAUGUGCUGGGCCAGAGCACGUGUGCCCUCUUCCUGAGCCUGCGGUACCACAACCUGAACCCCAACUACAUCCAUGAGCGGCUGCAGCUCCUGGGGAAGACGUACGCGGUGCAGGUGCUGCUGGUGCAGGUCGAUGUGAGGGACCCGCACCAGGCACUGAAGGAACUGGCCAAGAUGUGCAUCCUGGCCGACUGCACCCUCAUCCUGGCCUGGAGCCCUGAAGAGGCCGGACGCUACCUGGAAACGUACAAAGCCUACGAGCAGAAACCAGCUGACCUGCUCAAGGAGAAGGUGGAUCAGGACUUCCUGUCCAUAGUGACAGAUUGUCUGACCAGCGUGAAGUCAGUUAACAAGACGGACGCGCUGAGCCUUCUCUCAACAUUUGGGUCUCUGGCGAACAUUGCACAAGCGUCCAAGGAGGAUCUCUCCCUCUGCCCAGGCAUUGGGCCCCAGAAGGUGAGUGGGAGCAGGAUGGAGAACUUCUCUCUGAUGCACCAGCUGGACGCUCAUCCUCCCCCAGCCAAGAGGCUCUUUGACACCCUGCACGAGCCCUUUCUGAAGAUCCCCAAAUGA